UAUCAUCUCGUCUUGUCUUCUCUGUCGCACGAGUUUCUGUUCAACACAAAGGCAGUUGCCAGGUCGCCAAGCCACAGCCACAUCGCUUCGGCGUGCAGGAAGAGAGUACAAGAUCUUGGUCGGGCAAUCAAGAAAGCUUGUUGAUUGAACUUUUAGAAGUAAAUUAGCGGACGAAAAUAGGAAUUUUGAGCAAGAGAAACUUCCGGGAAAGUUGGCAAUAGAAGCUGCUUAACCUUUCUUUUGCUAGAUCCAUUAAUUUCCUUCCCCCCUGCCCCCCCUUAUAGAGCCAUAGCUGCUGUUUCUCAUCCCAAUCCAGGAAAUUCAUAAACAGAAAUUUUGCAAAUCAAAUACAGGUUCCAUCGAACCGCUAGAUAGAAGCUUUUCCUCAGCUGCUUUGAUGUGCAGGGAAGCGCCUGUUUCUGAGCCACUCCAGACUGCGAAAUGAAGUUCAAGAAUUCCGCUGAAGGUCAAAGAAGCAUUCAUCUGGAUAUUCCUUCGCUUCAGAUGAAAAAUGAAGCCACAAUUUCACCCGCGACAAUCUUUGAGCCGCAAACUAGUGCUGAUAGGAGAGACGGAAGCAGCGGAAACUCCGUUCCCCCCAAACUGCCGGCUGUUCCAGCCCCGGAGAAAAAGCUGACUCUGUUUGCUCUCCGCCUUGCGGUUCUCGAAAAAGCAGCCACUGGCCUUGGAACCCUUGGUUUCAUCUGGGCCACGGUUGUACUCCUAGGGGGUUUUGCAAUUGCCCUAGACAAUACCGACUUCUGGUUCAUCACCAUCAUUUUAUUAAUUGAAGGAGCUCGAAUAUUCAGCAGGAGUCAUGAGCUGGUAUGGCAACACCAAUCCACUUGGUCAAUAGCUGAUGCCGGAAUUAGCAGCUUCCGAAAGCUCAGAUUGAGCUCUAGAGCUCUAGUUGAAUCCGUGAAGGAUAUGUUGAGUCCCGUAAGCUCUGGUACGAGUAAGCCAACUCAACACAGCAGGGAAAUUUCCGAAACUACAGAGGCAACAAACGCUAGAGUGCAGAAAUUGCAAAGGAGGCCGACCCGGAUUUGGACUUCUUCUGAAGUUCCUAUCGUAUCUUAUGCAGGGUGGGUUUUCAUUUCUGAAAACGUCAGCAAGAUUCUCUAUUGGCUCCAGCUCUUAUCUGCGAUAGCCUGUGUUGUGCUCUCAUUGGUGAAGCUCAUCGAGCACAACUAUGGCCCAGUAUCUAAAGAAGAGACGGACAAGAGAAACCGGAAAGCUUCUCUGACUAUCUUUUAUGCCUCGGCUUUGGCAGAAGCUCUAGUCGUCCUGACAGAGAAACUUUACUGGGAGUGGAAGAUAGUCAUCUGUAAGCUUCUCGAAGAGGUGAACGAGGAUUGCGAUCUGGGGGCCUCAGGUAUGAUCUCAACUCGGAGAUUUUUCUAUGACUCCUACUCGAGAUGUAUUAAUGGGAGCAUUUUUGAUGGCCUGGGAAUGGAUAUGGUCACUUUUGCAAUGGAUCUGUUAUCUUCAAACUGGCUGGAUGAGCAGCUCAUUGGAGCCAGGAUUCUUCACCAGUUCUCUAUGAAAGAACAGUUUUCAAAUGACACGCUUCAGAAGAUCGGAACAACUCUGCCAGUUAUAGAGAGACUGGUGGAGAUCUUAAACUGGAAAGACCCACGAGAGGAAGAAAUCAGGCUAGCAGCUGCAGAAAUAGUUUCGAAAUUAGCCGGGAAAAAGCAAAACUCCCUUCGGGUCACUGGAAUACCUGGGGCUGUGGAGUCGAUAUCAUCUCUUCUCCAGACAAACAGAAGCCCCAGUUCUGCAGCAGACGAAAUUGGUGAAAAGAAAAUCAUCUUUGACCAGGAAGACUACGGAUACUGGACUUUCAAUAAUUUGGGACUUCUCAUUCUGAAGAAACUGGCCCGUGACCAUGAUAACUGUGGAAAAAUUGGAAACACAAGGGGCCUUCUCCCUAAAAUCAUAGAUUUCACUCAUGCUGAUGAAAGAAUGUUGAGGGACUCAAGUGUCACCACAUCGCAGGUUUUAAAUGUUAAGAGGUCCUUACAGCUUACGAAGAGGCUGGCAAGCACAACGGGCACCACAGGGAAAAUCCUCCGGAGAGAGAUCUCUGAAAUAGUCUUCACUAUAAGCAACAUAAGAGAUAUUCUACGGUGUGGAGAGAAGCGACCGGAACUGCAGAAACUAGGGAUUGAGAUCCUUACCAGUUUGGCACAAGAAGUCGAUGUAUCAGAGCGAAUAGGAGAGACCGGUGGAGUUCUGAACGAACUGUUAAAGAUUUUCUUCCAAGGAGGAGUAGUGGAAGAUCAAAGGGAUGUAAGGAUGGUGGCUGGAGAAGCCCUGGCAAUGCUGGCAUUCGAAAGCACGAGCAACUGUCAUCGAAUUUUGAAGUUGAAUGUUGUGGAGAGGCUCGUACAAGCAUUGGAGGUUCCGCUUCUUCGUGUUAGUGCUGGAAGAAUUUUGAGGAAUCUGUGCACCUACAGCGGAUCAGAGUCCUCCAACCAGCUAAAGGGAGUAACAGCAGCGGCACCGAUAGUUCUCAAAGCAAUCAUGUCAGAAACAGGCAAACUUCAAGAGGUGAUGGUUGGGCUAGCGACGCAUGCUUUCAGGUUCAUGACAGCAGAAGAAUUGACCGCCAUCUUUAAGAGGGCGGAGUUUAGAGAAGCCAAAUUAGCUCGCACUUUGGUCGAGAUCCUGAGGAGCCACCGGAACCCACAUAUAAAGGUGCCAAGAAUGAGAAGAUUUGCUAUCGAGCUAGCAAUCUGGAUGAUGAGAGAGAAAUCAACAAAUGUGCAGAUCUUCAGGGAUCUGGGCAUGGAGGAGGAGCUUGAAGGAGUUUUGGAUACGACAUCAGAGCUAGAGAGCUUCAAUAUUUUCUCUGGCAGCAUCGGACUUCGCAGACACAGCACGACCAUUCACUCACUUGUUGAGACCGCACUUAUGCUGCUGAAGGAUAGGUUUGAUCAACCGAUAGGUCACUGAGCAAGCGAAGUUGCCAAAUUAUCCGACAAAUGGGAAACAUGAAGGCGGAAUUUGUGCGAUUUACAGCUCACCCCAUGUACUACUUCCAAAACAUAUGCAAGAUGUGUACAUACACUUAUAAGAAAAUUGUGGAUCACAUGAUGCUAUUAAUUAAUGAUUUAAUAAAUAGUUAAUGUUAAAAAAAGUUCCGACUCUAAUGAAAGGAUACAAUCUUCAUUGAGAAGUUACCCUUUUUUCUGUUUCUUCAGAGGUCGCGGCGUUCGCAGGUAAUGCUGCUCUCCGUGUCUUCCUCCUCCGUCGCUUUUUCGCCUUAUUUUUGUUCCGUGAUUGCUCGGAGUCGCCGCCCUCAAAUUGCGAUCUUGGAGCUCACGCGAGCAGAUUGGGCUCGACGGGUUAUCGAGAACCCGUUUUUUCUUUUCUUUUUUUUUUUUUGUUGGGUUGUAUUUGGAAAUGGAAAAAGGUGGCGGGACUGCUUUGAUUAGAGCCUUAGGCGUUGAUGACGAUGCGACGAAUUUUUCAAAGGUGUUAGCAUCGACGAUUUGGUAAAUGGUCGCCGGCCUAUGCAUAUGUUGCUGAUCUUUUGUGGGGGACCGGCUGCUUGCUCAGGUUAGCUUCCCCUGCACAAAAGGAAAAAGAGAAAAGGCCUUAAUCAUGAGAUGAUAUGGAGGGAUAUAGGCGCGCUGGUUGCAUUAAAUUCUAAAAAGAUUUUUACUUUCGGGACAAGUCAUACGCCGUUUAAUUGGGCUGCGAUAAAGUCGGAAUUUUUUUGGCUG